UAUCGUUUGUAACCUUUCUUAUUUUCUGUAUACUGUAUUAAAGCCACAAUUUAUGAGCCGCUUUUCAAUGAGUUAUGAAGGGGAACGCGUAUUUCAAUAUUGCUACGACAGAAACUUCACGGGGUGCGGUUGUAGGCGGUUUUGACUUCGCCCUCUAAGGUGAAACGAGAGACUUGGCUGUCCUUUAGUUGCUCGGAGAGGAGGUGUGGGUUGGAGAGGCUAUGACAAAAAAAAAGUAGCGGAGAAGUAAUUAGCAGACGCAGCGGACGUUGAAACAAAGCACAAAUGAAAACGCUAGGGAACAGUCGGACCUUCCGUGUGAAAAGAAGGCAAUAAAUGCUCUUCAAACAACGGGGAAAGCGAAAGACAGACACGCGAGCCGCGCCGGAGUAACUUCUGGAAGACAUUGGUAUUCCUCGCCAGUAGGCAUCCGCAGAAAGUAGACAAAUUUCAAGCGGGAUAUCAAUGACUGUGCACACAGGUUUCUUCCACGGAAAGAUUUCAGUUUCGGGGAUCAUGCGUUCCCCGCAGCUCACUACAAGUGUGGCAGCAAUUGACCGUUUCUAUUACAGACUGCGGAAUUUAAAACAGCACGACCAGACGACGGGGCCGCUAAUUGCACAAUGAAAAAAGCGGAUUUUUAUUUUAACCAGGUUUGCCUUUGCAGCUACUACACCUUUAUAUGCUGAAGAUAAUGGAGUAUUUUUUCAGACGGAAGAGAGCGCUGAAAACUCUUCUGAGUUUGUCUUUGGUCUGUGCCACGAUAUUAAUGAUCCAGAAGUUCAAGCUGGUGGAAGAGGCCGCUAAGGGCACUUUAAUGGUGAAAACCAGGGCGGACGCCGGUUGGUCCAGGGUGAAUAAAAAUGUAUUUAAAAGCGACUCUUACAAUCAUUCCCCCCUGGGACAGCCUGAGAAUUCGGAAGCGGGUCAUCUUGUCCCAUUUUCCAACGUGACGCGUAAGGUUUGGGAUGUGACUGCUAUCAACUGCAGCGAGAAUCCCGACGUGAAGAAUAAAGACUGGUUCAAACGCCUGGACCCGAGAUUUCACCAGUUCGUCCUGUACAGACACUGCAGGUAUUUCCCAAUGCUGAUAAACCACCCAGAAACGUGCCGGAGCGGAGACGUGCACUUAUUGAUGGUGGUCAAAUCGGUGAUUGAACAGCACGACAGGAGGGAGGCGGUCCGCAGGACGUGGGGCAGAGAGCAGGUAACCGGUGGGAAGAGAAUCAAGACUCUGUUUUUGCUGGGCAGCCCUUCCACCGGCAAGGACACGAAGAACCUCCAAAAGCUCAUCCAGUAUGAGGACAGGAUAUACGGAGACAUCCUACAGUGGGAUUUCAUGGACACCUUUUUCAACCUCACCCUCAAAGAGGUGAAUUUCCUGAAAUGGUUUAACAUGUACUGCCCCGGGGUGCAGUUCAUAUUUAAAGGGGAUGACGACGUCUUUGUGAACACGAACAAUCUACUGCAACUGAUUGAUUUUAAGACAGAAGAAGGGAAAGUGCGAAAUUUGUUUGUAGGGGACACCAUUUCCAAAGCUAUUCCCAUUAGGAACCGUCAGAGUAAGUACUUUAUUCCCAGAGACCUUUACGACAAACCGUACCCCCCGUACGUGGGGGGUGGGGGCUUUUUAAUGUCUCCUGAAUUAGCUCGGAGACUCUUUAUCGUCUCUGAGAAACUGGAGCUUUAUCCCAUCGAUGAUGUAUUUCUGGGCAUGUGCUUGCAGAAAAUAGGUGUCGCCCCAGAACUUCAUCCCGGUUUCAAGACUUUUGGGAUUAUGAAGCGCAAAAUCAGUCCCAUGAACAACGACCCAUGUUUCUACAAAAACCUUCUAGUGAUCCAUAAGAUGAGCCCCACAGAUCUGCUUAGAAUGUGGGAUACAGUGCAAAAUAAGGACUUGAUAUGCGCCAAAAAGAUUGUACUGCCCUGAAUGAACGUAUAGUUGUAUUCCUUUUACCGGGCUCCGCCUGAGACUUCACUGAAUUUUUACUGGAUAAGAUUUAUUUAUGUACUGUAUGCGACGUGCAACUCAGCUUAGGUGUUGACAGUUUUAACUAAGGAGGCUCAGUCUGGGAAGAAUGUGUGAAUUAAAUGACACUUGAUCUUUUAAACAUCUGAUCACAACCUUAUGCCAGUUUUACAUCGUUAAAAAGCCGAGUAAUUCAUUCACGUCUUUUCUUAGUUUGUAAUUGCUGUCAGGGGUGUCACGGUACAGUAUCCCUCUGUGAGCCCAUAGGAACAAAAACGUUCUCCUACAAUAUCCUGAACUUUCGUCUUUAUAAUAUUUAAAAAUACAUAUUUUUAAAUACGGACAACUGUUUUCUCUUGGAGAUUUGAUUUGGUUUUCAGACUCUGAAUGAACUGCUUAUGUUUCUUUCAGACUUCAUGGACUUGUCCAAAUUUUAAUUUACAUUGACAGUUUGAUUUUAAAAUGACAGUCGUGGUCCAUUAAAAAAAAACAUGCACCCAAUACAAAAGCCAAGUGUUUUACGUUUUUUAAAUAAGUUUUUCAGAAAGUAAGUUGGAGGAAAACUCAAACUUAGGUUCAGAUUUAACGACUAUGUGGAUGUAACGUGAAAACAAGCUUCUAGUGGAAUACAUUCUAAACUAAAUGCUUAACAACUUAAUCACAUGGGGAAAAUACAAACAAUCCAUAAACGAUUUCUACUCCUAAAAUAUUACUAAUACAAUUUGGCCUAGGUUUAGGCACUCACUGAGCAGAGCAGCUUAAAAAUAAAAUUACUCCACGCGACAUAUCUGAGAACCUGUUUUCUUUUCCUCCUCUCAACAUUUAACAAAACACAGUUUGGCACAUUCACUGUUUAAUCAAUAAAACAGAAAGUGAUUACUAAUUAUCCGCUUCAGAAGGAUGAGUGGAAAUACAGUAUAUUCACUGGAUACUGAAGGAAGUGCUGAUCCUUUAUUUAUAAAAAAAGUUCGGGGCUAACAGAACACAGUUUCUGUGUGUCAAAAUCAACAGCUAACAACAAUGACAUGUUUUGAUUAAGAAAUAAACAUUUGUUCUCAGAUAACCAGCAAGACUGGGCAGGAAAUGGCAGUGUGCCAGUUUGGUUGGACACUUGAGUGGCAGGCUGCAGUUGAGCCAAUCAUAAUUCAUUGUUAACCAACCUCAAAUUAGUUUUGGCCCCCAGACGUAUACUGUUUUACAGCGAAAGGACAACUUGGUCAGUCUCUUUCUUAUAUAUAUUUAAGAUUAAAUGUGCAUAUUAAAAAUGUGUGUAUUAUCAUAGGGUAGUGUAAAGACAAAUUUGUUACAAAUAAAAAAGUAAAUGGAUUUACAGUGGUGCCACAGUCCUCAAGAGAUGUAUAUACAUAUAUAAUGCUGAGAGGCAGUAAAAAUGCAAAAGAUGAGUAUUGGAACCAACAGCAUUUAUUGUGCCUUUAAUGCCCCUUACUAUACAUACUGUACAGUAUGUGAAAUUCAUCAUUGUCUAGAUAAUGACAUGAUUUAAUACAGCUGUGAAUGUAAAUCAUUAUUGUCCUGGCAUUAUGGAAGAACUACCAAGAAAGAAGUUUUGUUUUUAUAUAUAUAUAGCUGGCCACAGCCUGCAAUUGUGAGCUUAGCUGUUCCUGUAUAGUCAGCCACUUCGACAUCAUCUGCAGCAGAGCACAUUUCCCCUGGAUGGUUUGAUUGCAGUCGGUGUUAGAACUUUGACAGUUCAUGAAGAAUCACAUUGUGCUUGUAAAUCGGACAUGUUGUUUUGUUUCCUUUGCAGUUUUCAAGAUUCAUAUUUACUGUAUGUCAGUUUCGUUUUCUGGCAAGAACAUUCCAAUAUUGAAUUAUUUAACAAGAUGCACAGCUAAGUAAUAUUCUUCAAAGGGAACCUUGGAAGUUCUCUUUCCCAAAAUAUGAGGCAAAUCAAAUAUAUUCCUUGUUUUUUUAUUGCAAAUAUUGAGAUACCAUUUCUUACUCUUUUUACUUGAAUUGCACUAAUAACACUGUUUUUUGCAACACUGUUCACUGUUGUUACAGAUAGAAUCUAUGUCUUUAACUAGAAAAAUAUGCUACUUAAGAAGCUGGGUGGAAGUAUUUGUAUUAUUUAUUGCUUUUACUCAGAAAAAUGACUGCUGACUGGGCCUUUCUUAAAACUGGAGUCAGUGGUGAUGCCCUUUACAGUAGCUUCCUGUUUUCUUUUAACUUUUUAAAUAAACACAUCCCAGCAACGAAUUUUCAAGUUGCACUCAGAAGUGAUGCAUUAUUUCUAUUUCCUUACAGUGCUGGACAUUUGAAUCGUUUCACUCUGCUGUUAUUGUCACAUUUUCCUGACAAUGCUGGAUGUUUAAAUUGUUGCUCUCUGAUGCAAUUAACUAGAAUGGGUUCCUUUACCAGACGAUCUGUAGCCUCCAAAGAACUACACAGUGUGCAUGUGUGUGGAGUAUCUCCAAUAAAUAAAAAAAAAGUUUUUCUUUUCAAUGCAAUAAAAAAGAAACUAGGUUUCUGGGACUGUAGUUAGGUUGAGUAUGUACUUUAAGCUUCACAUUUUCAUUGCAGCUUGUCAAUAAGCUUUUUUUUAAUACCAGUCUUCAUGUAUUCAUUCUGCCACACCCUUCAUAAUUUUGGAGUGCUGCAAUUUCUUUUUUGUCCUAAAAUGCUGAUGUUGGCAAGAGUUUUGAAUGUCAUAAGCAAUCGGAGUAUUAAUGUAGUUUUUCCAUUUCUGAAUUACAAGGACUGAAAAUAAAGCCAUCUUUUCACAGACUAACGUUAAGAGUUGUCAAAUUUCCAAAUGGAAUGGCUGCUGUUUACACAAACUCUGUCUUUCUUAAGGCCUCAAAGAACUGCCAUUCAUGGAGCCAAAACAGCUACACUUACACCAGGAGGGUUUUGGGUGUGUUUCAAGAUCAGAAGCGUUUAUAAUUUACAUCUAGAGCGCAGUCAUCAGUGCUCUGGGAUGCCAUGGAAAGCAAAGUUGUGUUA